AUGUCAAGCAACAACAACAAGUCUGUGCACCCGCAUGCACCUCAUAGUUCCGAGCCGCAUGGGAUCAGCUUCACGUUAAUUCAGCCCACUCCACCUGCGUCGCCCAAUCUCCUUCCCAACUUCCCGAAGUCGCAAACCAAAAUUGGGCAGUCCAAUCUGUCAGGAAACAAGAAGCCGAAGGCAAAAAAAGACAGUUGA